AUGCCUCGGCGGAGUCGUGGUUGCAAAGCGUGUCGACAACGGCGCAUCGGCUGUGAUGGCGGCCAGCCUUCAUGUCUUCAGUGCCUCAUCACCAAUCGAUCGUGCUCAGGGCCGAUCCAAGGGCCCAUAAUCCUGGAUCAGACGAGUCUCGUAACCGCACGAUAUCAAAAGGCGUUGGCACGAUCCCGACGGAAUGUUUCCGUUGCUGUAGUCAAGCAGCCGUCUUCUCAAGCCUUUACGUCUCUUGGGUUUGUUUCCCAAUUCGUAUCCUUUAUUUCAUCCAACGGACAAGGGCCCUCAAAGCGAUCAUGGCUCUAUGCUCUCGGAAUUGUCUCGUCCGGAGAGAACGGCUUGAUUCUUGAAGCUGCUCUUCGAGCCGCGGCUACAGCCUUCUGUGGCGUCAUGUUUCAGAGUUACACACUUGUCUUAGAAGCAUCUCGGCUGUAUGGAGAAGCAUUAUCUCGAUAUGCUGCCGUUCUAUCCGGUGGAUCUGGCGUCACUGCCACAUUCAAAAUGUGCACAACGGUAUUGUUAUCGAUUUAUGAAGCAAUCUGGUCGACAAAUCCUCCCGCCUACUAUGUCCACUUAGAGGCAUGUUGGAAAAUGUUAGCCUCCGCGGACAAGUCUGAAGAUGUCGCCGUCCACAGAGGAGUUGCUGCGCAUGUAAUAUAUCAAACUGCCUUUGCAGUGAGUGUCUCGCCAAAAUUCUGUCAGAAUCUUCUGUUGAAUGAAGGUGUUUGGGCCGUUGUAUCUAGGAUAAUAGCGGACCAGGAAGAGCCUCUCGUGAGCCGGCUUGUGCUCGAAAUUUUUAUCCUUCAAAAAUUACUUUCACAAAGUCGUGGUCUCAACGACGAUAUCAUUGCUUGUUCCCGCGACAUCAAUGGGAGGAUCGAAAAUAUGUGGGCUGAUUACAAAGCAGAAGUAAACCGACAUGGUGGCCAGAUCCUGUUGUCGUCAUGCUCCACAAGCCCAUACUAUGAUGCGUUCUCUGCUUUAACAGUGGCGUGUUUUUCAGCGGCGCGUAUUCUCCUUUCCAAAGUCCGCUCGCUGUCUGCUAGAUGUCCUAGCGCAGAAUCGCUUGAAACGGUAAAUGGCCAGGUCAUUCUCGAGUGCCAUUCAUAUCUUCUGCCGAAGCAUAUUGGCUGCGCAUACCUUCGUAUGUUUCUACCUUUGACUAUUGUGGCACUGUACAGUCCCUCUUUGAGACAGAGUAACCUGGCGCACACAACCAUCAACGAUUCACUUCGUAAGCCGUUUAGUGGCUUGAGCUCGAUGGUCAUUGAAAGAAUUCGGACGGCAUAG